CCAACCAGAACAGGUCCACGUCGCCUCCCUCCCUCGAAGCAAACCCCAGCUGCCGACUGCCGCCCGCGCCGCACAGCCCGGACCCCGUACCACCAGCCAUGGCGGCGGCGCUGCUGACGCCGACGCAGCGCUACGCGGCGGGGGCGCUGCUGGCGCUCGCGCUCCGCCAGGCGCAGAUCCACCAGUCCGUCCUCCUCGGCUCCCCCCCUACCUCCGCCGCGGACGACGAGGAGCGCGCCAGCAGCGCCAGCGGCGGCAGCGGCACCGGCAGCAGCAGCUCCGCCGGCGGCAGCGGGGAGGACGCCGAAGCCGCCGCCAAGGGGCUCUGGACGCACGACUCCCGCGGCCUCCUCCGCCCCGUCUUCAGGUUCCUGGAGAUCGACCCGGCGGCGUGGCCGGGGCUGGAGGAGACGGCGGCCUCGCCGGAGGCCAAGCACCACAUCGGCGCGUUCCUGAGGAUGAUCUUCGAAGAAGACCCCGAGAGCACAUCGGAGAAAUCCGACCAGGAACACGCCUUGGCAAAAGGAGUCGAUGUGAUGGUGAUGAGCUUGAGCAGCGACACUGCAAUUGAUGAAACAACCAAAGAGGGUGAUCAGGGGCCUUCCACUAGCUCCGGCAUGGCCGGGUCCUCAGAGAAAGGCUUCGCCGCCGAGGACUUGCUGGGAAUCGAUAAGUUGUCCCUGGACGAUGUUCCUGCCACCCAUCACCGGAAGAUGACGCUGCUGUUUACGCUCCUCUCUGCCUGCGUGGCAGACAAGCCCGUGUCGCAAGAGGAAGACGACAGGAAGUCCUCUCACUUCAGGAAGGGCUACGACGCUCGGCAUCGGGUCGCUCUUCGGUUACUAGCAACUUGGCUUGAUGUGAAGUGGGUCAAAAUGGAAGCCAUCGAGGUUAUGGUCGCAUGCUCUGCUAUGGCAGCAGCAAAAGAGCAGGAACAGUCAGGGGAAAACGCGUCGCCCAAAAGCAAAUGGGCGAAAUGGAAGCGUGGAGGAAUCAUUGGUGCAGCUGCAUUGACCGGAGGAGCAUUACUGGCUAUUACUGGGGGUUUAGCUGCUCCAGCAAUCGCUGCAGGAUUUGGUGCUCUUGCUCCGACGCUGGGCACAAUUAUGCCUGUUAUCGGAGCCAGUGGAUUUGCUGCUAUGGCUACUGCUGCGGGAUCUGUUGCUGGCUCUGUGGCAGUGGCUGCAUCAUUUGGGGCUGCUGGAGCUGGCUUGACGGGCACCAAAAUGGCAAGAAGGAUUGGGAGUGUAAAAGAAUUUGAGUUCAAACCGAUUGGUGAGAACCAUAAUCAGGGUCGUCUUGCGGUGGGCAUCUUGGUUUCUGGAUUUGCCUUUGAUGAGGAAGACUACAUUAGACCUUGGGAAGGAUGGAAGGAUAACCUAGAAAGGUACAUUCUUCAGUGGGAGUCUAAGCAUAUAAUUGCUGUGAGUACAGCAAUACAAGAUUGGCUGACAUCAAGACUUGCUCUGGAACUGAUGAAGCAAGGUGCGAUGAGAACAGUCUUAAGUGGUUUUCUUGCAGCGUUUGCGUGGCCCGCUACUCUGCUUGCAGCUACGGAUUUCAUUGAUAGUAAAUGGUCUGUUGCUAUUGACAGAUCAGAUAAGGCAGGGAAAAUGCUUGCUGAAGUACUUAUGAAGGGAUCACAAGGGAACAGGCCUGUGACCCUCAUUGGGUUUUCACUAGGCGCGCGUGUCAUAUUCAAGUGCUUGCAGGAGCUUGCUUUAUCAAGCGACAACGAGGGGCUUGUCGAGAGGGUUGUGCUCCUAGGCGCGCCGGUUUCGGUGAAGGGCGAACGGUGGGAGCCUGCUAGGAAGAUGGUUGCUGGAAGGUUUGUGAACGUGUACUCCAAAGAUGACUGGAUUCUUGGUGUAACCUUCCGCGCAAGUCUACUCACGCAAGGAUUGGCUGGGAUACAGGCCGUCGAUGUCCCUGGCGUCGAAAACGUUGAUGUCACCGAGCUCGUCGAUGGCCACUCUUCGUACCUGUCGGCCGCGCAGCUGAUCCUGAAGCACCUUGAACUAAACACAUACUAUCCUGUCUUCGUCCCCCUACCAACGGCAGUUAGCAAGUAACGGGCGUAACAGUUGCCUAGAAAAGGACACAAAUUUCACUCGAGAGUUCGACGAAAAUGAAGUGUCGACAUUCUGUACAUAUAGAACAUAACGCGGCGAGCCUUUUGCUGUAUGCAAGCGCUCAGUCGACGACUACAAGUGCGCCGUGAUUGCCUCUUGCAUUACAUCAGAUAGGUUGGUUUCA